UAGAGCCGAAUAAAAUGAGAUCAGGGUUCUAAAAUGAGUUGAAAAUACGUUUUGAAAAAAUGAUCCGGGUAGUUCCAAAAUGGAACGUGAUGUCACUUCCUUUUUAAACUAGGUCAGCCCCCAGCCGAAGCUACCUGCGGUUUGGGAACAUUUAUAUUCAGAAUUCGCCAAAAUGGGGUUCGUUAAAGUUGUGAAAAACAAGGCUUAUUUCAAGCGCUUCCAAGUAAAAUUCAGGAGGAGGCGUGAAGGACGCACAGAUUACUAUGCCCGUAAACGCCUGACAGUCCAGGACAAGAAUAAAUACAACACCCCCAAGUAUCGUAUGAUUGUGCGAUUCACUAACAAGGAUAUCAUAUGCCAGAUAGCGUAUGCCAGAAUUCAGGGAGACGUGAUCAUUUGCGCUGCAUAUGCUCACGAGCUUCCAAAAUAUGGCGUCAAGGUCGGGUUGACCAAUUACUCAGCUGCUUACUGCACAGGUCUACUGUUAGCACGUAGACUAUUGAAGAAGUAUAACUUGGACUCAAUCUAUGUUGGACAAGAAGAGGUCGAUGGUGAGGAAUACCAUAUUGAGUCUAAUGAUGAUGGACCAGGAUCCUUCCGCGCCUACCUUGAUGUAGGACUGGCCCGUACCACCACUGGUGCCAGAGUGUUUGGAGCCAUGAAGGGUGCCGCUGAUGGUGGCUUGGAUAUACCUCACUCAACCAAAAGAUUCCCUGGCUACGACAGUGAGGCUGGUGAAUUCAGUGCCGAUGUUCAUCGCAAGCACAUCAUGGGACAGCAUGUUUCCAACUACAUGCAAGAGCUCCAAGAUGAGGAUGAAGAUGCCUUUAAAAAACAAUUUUCCAGAUAUAUAAAAUUAGGCAUCACAUCAGAAUCUAUUGAAGAGAUGUAUAAAAAGGCACACGCUGCUAUCCGUGCCAAUCCAGAACGAGAGGCUGGAGAGAAAAAAGAACCCAAAGUCAAAAAGAGGUGGACCAGAGCCAGAAUGUCCAGAGCCCAGCGCAAGGACAGAGUCAAACAGAAGAAGGCCUCUUUCGCAAAAGCCCUGGUCGAGGCAAAUGCAUAA